AUGGGAUGGGGUUUCUUAUCCCCAACAAUCAAUCUAUCUCCUUUGGAUUGCCUUAUUGCACAGUACACGCACAAGUGGUAUUUUAUUACCCAUAGCACCAAACCCACGUACACCGUCUCUUCUCACUCAUCAAUGGAAGCUCUUUUCGUCAACCAAUCUCCCUCUCGCCUCAAACUCUCCCAGAAACACACCACCACCAGAACACCUUCCCUUCUUUCUCUCUCCUCACAACUUCAUCUCCUUCAUAAACCUUCUUACCCCACCAGUCUCUCAGUAUCAGCCACCAUUGAAAACCAACAAGCACCACCACCUCUUCAAUUCCAAGACUACGACGAAGACGAAUCCUACGGCGAAGUCAACAGAAUUAUCGGCAGCAGAGCCCUCGAAAAUGGAACCGGCAUGGAGUACCUAAUCGAGUGGAAAGACGACCAUGCCCCUACAUGGGUCCCAUCUAAUUACAUAGCCAAAGACGUCGUCGCCGAAUACGAGACACCCUGGUGGACCGCCGCUAAAAAAGCCGACGACUCAGCUCUCAAACAGAUCAUCGAAGCCGAUGACGGCAGAGACAUCGACGCCGUGGACGAAGAUGGCCGCACGGCUCUCCUCUUCGUAGUAGGUCUUGGCUCUGAGCCGUGUGCUAAACUCCUAGCCGAAGCAGGCGCCAAUAUCAACCACCGUGACAAUACUGGUGGUUUGACGGCUCUACACAUGGCGGCUGGCUAUGUCAAGCCAGGCGUAGCAAAGUUAUUAAUCGACGUUGGUGCGGAUCCGGAGGCAGAAGAUGAUAGAGGACGUACGCCGUUGGAUUUGGCGAGGGAGAUUUUGAAGGCAACGCCAAAGGGGAAUCCUAUGCAAUUUGCUCGAAGAUUGGGGCUAGAGAAUGUAAUUAGAGUUUUGGAAGAGGCAAUAUUCGAGUACGCGGAGGUGCAGGAGAUAUUGGAGAAGAGAGGGAAGGGUGAAAAGGUGGAGUAUUUGGUGAAAUGGAAGGACGGUGAAGAUAAUGAGUGGGUGAAAAUGGGUUUGAUAGGUGAGGACUUGGUGAGGGACUUUGAGGCUGGGCUGGAAUACGCUGUAGCGGAGUGCGUGGUAGGGAGGAGAACAGGGGAUGAUGGGAUGAAUGAGUAUUUGGUGAAAUGGACGGAUAUAGAGGAGGCUACGUGGGAGCCCGAAGAGAAUGUUGAUUCUGAUUUAAUCGAGGAGUUUGAAAAGGCCCAGAUGAGGGUGGAAAGCAAGGCUGUUAUGGAGGCCCAAUUGAGUGGUGGGGGUCCAUAA